AUGUCUGAGUCCAAGGAAUUUACCUUCCAGGAGAUCGCUGAGCACAACACCAAGAAGGACCUCUACCUGAUCGUCCACGACAAGGUCUACGACUGCACCAGCUUCGUCGACGAGCACCCCGGUGGCGAGGAAGUCCUCCUCGACGUCGGCGGCCAGGACAGCACCGAAGCCUUCGAGGAUGUCGGUCACAGCGACGAGGCGCGCGAGAUUCUCGACGGUCUCCUUGUCGGCACAGUGAAGCGCAUGCCCGGUGACCCCGAGCCCCAGAGCCACGCAGCCCCCGCCUCCUCAUCCUCCUCCUCCUCCUCCACCGCCGGCUUCGGCGUCGGCCUGUACGCCGUCAUCCUUAUCGGCGGUGCCAUCGCUUACGGCGCAUACAACUACCUCCAGGCUCAGCAGCAGCAGCAGCAGCAGUAA